GUGAGUCUCUCGCGGCUCUAAUCUCGGUAACUACCGGCUCGCUCGCUCCGCCUUCCGCCAUGGCGACCGCAAAAAGUCCGUGCUCCGGUUCGAGCAGCACCUAAAAGUCACCCGGACCCCCGUGUGAGCGUGUUCUUUCGCCAGCCGCGGGACGUCCGUACACUUCUCGUCCGCGGGGGGUUGAUCCAGAGGUGUGGACGACACAGACGCCCUAUUCCAAGGAGGACAAACGGGGUGUGGAAGUGAGCAGUGGAGGCAAACAUGGCAGAUCCAGACCUGGAGCCGGUGAAGUCGAGAGCAGGGCACCGUCUGGGAGCCCCGGAGACUCUUGGCAUCAGUACCUUAGACCCGGCGCACAGACCCCCGACCAUGCCCCCUGGAAGGCAUGCCACCGUUAGGAUCCAUAUGUUGGACGACACUGAGGAACUCUUUGAUGUCUCGAUUAAAGCUUCGGGCAAGGUGCUCUUUGACCUAGUGUGCACCCACAUGAAUCUCAUUGAGGGCGACUACUUUGGCCUGGAGUUUCAGAACCAUCAAAAGAUGAUGGUUUGGUUGGAUCCUACCAAGCCUAUUAUGAAGCAGCUUAGACGGCCGAAGCACACGACAUUGAGGUUUGCUGUGAAAUAUUUUCCUCCAGACCAUGCCCAACUGUUGGAGGAGCUGACGAGGUACCUGUUUGCCCUCCAAAUCAAACAGGAUCUUUCCAGCGGACGUCUGACCUGCAACGACACCAGUGCCGCCCUGAUGGUCUCCCACAUUAUGCAGUCUGAGAUCGGGGACUUUGAGGAGAGUCAGUGCCGGUCACACCUCCUCAACAAUAACUACAUUCCUGAUCAGAUGCCCUUGAUCGACAAAAUCAUGGAGUUCCACUCCAUGAAUAUAGGUCAAACGCCUGCAGAAUCCGACUUUCAGUUGUUAGAGGUGGCACGCCGACUGGAGAUGUAUGGGAUUCGUCUCCACCCAGCCAAAGACCGCGAAGGUUCCCGUCUGAGCCUCGCUGUGGCUCACACAGGCGUCCUGGUCUUUCAGGGACACACGAAGAUAAACUCCUUCAACUGGUCUAAAGUGCGUAAACUGAGCUUUAAGAGGAAACGUUUCCUAAUAAAGCUGAGGCCUGAUGUAAAUAGUUCUUAUCAAGACACCCUGGAGUUCUUGAUGACCAGCAGGGACUGCUGUAAAGUCUUCUGGAAGAUUUGUGUUGAAUACCACGCCUUUUUCCGCCUCUUUGAGGAACCCAAAGCCAAGCCCAAGCCUGUGUUAUUCACACGCGGCUCCUCUUUCAGAUUCAGCGGUCGCACGCAGAAGCAAGUCAUCGAUUUUGUGAGGGAGUCGGAGUUUAAAAAACUCCCAUUUGAAAGGAAACACAGUCGAGUGCAGCAGAACAGCCGCCUGUCACCUUUGCCUUCGCCGCGCUCCCACGAAGUGCCAACAGAAAGUGGUGUUACUGGGGACAGACUAGACUCUGCUUCGCAGCACCAUUGGAAGGAGUCCGUCCUGGUGAAUUCCCAGGAAACCUCCGAAGCCCCAGCGAGCCCUCCUCACCAGAACAACAGAUCGCCAUCCACACAGGAGGACACGAGAGACUCGACAUGGGUGGCCCACCCGGAACAUCUGGCAACAGGAGCGCUGACAAACAGUCCCUACCUGUCCACGUCUCCCGGACACUCCAACGGGCUGCUUAACGGCCAGAUGUCCUUGGAGGUGGGAAGUCACAGUCCUGAUGUUCGCCAGCCGUCCCCGCUCACCAGCCCUCUCCUCAACGACGCCUGCAGCAUUCGCACUGAUGAUGAAGACGAGGUUCGGAGGAAGAGGUUUCCCACAGACAGAGCCUACUUUAUCGCCAAGGAGCUGCUGACCACAGAGAGGACGUACGUGAAAGACCUGGAGGUGGUGACCGUGUUGUUCCAGAAUGCCGUCGGUCAGGAUGAGGCCACUCCGGACUCUCUCAAGGACACAAUUUUCUCCACCUUUGAGCCACUGCACAGGUUCCACAUAGGUUUUCUCAGGGAAGUGGAGCAGAGGCUGGCUUUGUGGGAAGGGCGCUCCAACGCUCAUAUUAAAGGAGACUACCAGCGCAUUGGGGAUGUUCUGCUGAAGAACCUGCAAGGCCUGAAGCCACUUGCAGCCGACUUGCACAAGCAGUGCGACGUUCUGAUGGAGCUGGAAAAGGCGUGCAAGACGUCCCGCAGGCUGGAGGGUCUCUGCAGGGACUUUGAGCUGCAGAAGGUUUGCUACGUCCCCCUCAAUGUCUUCAUCCUGAGGCCCCUGCACCGACUGGUGCACUACCAGCACAUCCUGGAGCGUUUGUGCAAACAUUACCCUGCUACUCAUGUGGACUUCAGAGACUGCAGAGCUGCUCUGGCCGAUUUGUCUGAGGUGGUGGAGCAGCUCCAAGGGAGCGUCAUGAAGACGGAGAACUUCCAGAAGCUGUUGGAACUUAAGAAGGAUUUGAUUGGCGUUGACAAGCUCGCUGUUCCUGGUCGGGAGUUCAUCAGGUUUGGCUGCCUCAGCAAGCUGUCUGGAAAAGGUCUUCAGCAACGAAUGUUUUUCUUGUUCAACGACGUUAUUUUGUACAGCGGUCGAGGGAUGACGGCCACCAAUCAGUUCAAAGUUCACGGGCAGCUUCCGCUUCAUGGCAUGACAAUCCGAGAGAGUGAAGAUGAGUGGGGUGUUCCUCACGCCUUCACCUUGGUCAGCCAGCGACAGUCUGUGGUGGUUGCAGCCAGUUCCUUGUCAGAGAUGGCGAAGUGGAUGGAAGACUUGGAGAAGGCGAUAGAAAUGGCGAAAACUGGCAAUGGGCCUUCGUCCGACCUGCUGAGCUGUAGUCUGACCGACAACAAAUGCCCACGGGAGUUCUCAACGGAGACAGAGUCUGAGGACGACGUGACAGCAUCCCACACCUCGCCGGAGAGGGCCGCCCCUCACCGUGGUAACACAAUGGUGCACGUGUGCUGGCACAGGAACGCCAGCGUGUCCAUGGUGGAUUUUAGCCUAGCUGUGGAGAACCAGCUGUCGGGGAACCUGCUGCGGAAGUUCAAGAGCAGCAACGGCUGGCAGAAGCUGUGGGUGGUCUUCACCAACUUCAGUCUGUUUUUCUACAAGUCACAUCAGGAUGAUUAUCCUCUGGCCAGCCUUCCCCUGCUGGGUUACUCCGUCACCAUUCCCUCCGAGUCAGAGAACAUCCACAAGGACUACGUCUUUAAACUGCAUUUCAAGUCCCACGUCUACUACUUCCGGUCGGAGAGCGAAUACACAUUCGAAAGGUGGAUGGAGGUGAUUGGCAGUGCCACGGCCCCCUCCAGUCGGCUCCGAAACUGCAAUGAGCUCCACUGAGUCAGCCUCUUUUGAGGUCACACCUGUCGGUGCUUUUUUUUUUUUUUUACUGUCAUGGUGACACGUCCGCUGGUUUCGACUGCAUCACAGACUGCAUUUCUCUUUUCUGCCAUUUUUUAACAGCUCAGCUCUUUUUACAGGAUGUCCUUUUCUACCGUUUUUUAGCAUUUAGAGCCACUUCCAGUUCCUAGUUGUCUUUUUUUGGUUAGUUUUUUACAGCAGAACCGUGUGGAUGUUCUCUCUUUGAUGGUCUUUUGUUGUUCUUCUCUUUGUUGCUUUUCACUUUCAGUACCAAACACAUUCCUAGCAAUAUUCUCCUGGAAUAAUGCAGUUCUUUGUUGUUGUUGUUGUUGUUGUUGAACGUCAACGCCAUAACAUUCAGGCCACCCUUUAAAGGCCUACUGAAAUGCGACUUUCUUAUUUAAACGGGGAUAGCAGGUCCAUUCUAUGUGUCAUACUUGAUCAUUUCGCGAUAUUGCCAUAUUUUUGCUGAAAGGAUUUAGUAGAGAACAUCGACGAUAAAGUUUGCAACUUUUGGUCGCUGAUAAAAAAGCCUUGCCUGUACCGGAAGUAGCAGACGAGUAGCGUGACGUCACAGGUUGUGGAGCUCCUCACAUCUGCACAUUGUUUACAAUCAUGGCCACCAGCAGCGAGAGCGAUUCGGACCGAGAAAGUGACGAUUUCCCCAUUAAUUUGAGCCAGGAUGAAAGAUUUGUGGAUGAGGAAAGUGAGAGUGAAGGACUAGAGGGCAGUGGGAGCGAUUCAGAUAGGGAAGAUGCUGUGAGAGGCGGGUGGGACCUGAUAUUCAGCUGGGAAUGACUAAAACAGUAAAUAAACACAAGACAUAUAUAUACUCUAUUAGCCACAACACAACCAGGCUUAUAUUUAAUAUGCCACAAAUUAAUCCCGCAUAACAAACACCUCCCCCCUCCCGUCCAUAUAACCCGCCAAUACAACUCAAACACCUGCACAACACACUCAAUCCCACAGCCCAAAGUACCGUUCACCUCCCCAAAGUUCAUACAGCACAUACCGUAUUUUUCUGACUAUAAGUCGCAGUUUUUUUCAUAGUCCAGUGCAAAUUAUAUAUGUUUUUUUCCUUUUUUAUUAUGCAUUUUCGGCAGGUGCGACUUAUACUCCGGUGCGACUUAUACUCCGAAAAAUACGGUAUAUUUCCCCAAAGUCCCCAAAGUUACGUACGUGACAUGCACAUAGCGGCACGCACGUACGGGCAAGCGAUCAAAUGUUUGGAAGCCGCAGCUGCGUGCGUACUCACGGUACCGCGUCUGCGUAUCCAACUCAAAGUCCUCCUGGUAAGAGUCUCUAUUGUCCCAGUUCUCCACAGGCCAAUGGUAAAGCUUGACUGUCAUCUUUCGGGAAUGUAAACAAUGAAACACUGGCUGUGUUUUCCGGCACAACAGUCAGGGGGUGCAUUCUACGGCGGGGGUGCGUUAUCCGGCACAACACCUGCCGCAAUACACCGCUUCCCACCUACAGCUUUCUUCUUUGCUGUCUCCAUUGUUCAUUGAACACAUUGCAAAAGAUUCACCAACACAGAUGUCCAGAAUACUGUGGAAUUUUGCGAUGAAAACAGACGACUUAAUAGCUGGCCACCAUGCUGUCCCAAAAUAUCCUCCACAAUCCGUGACGUCACGCGCUGACGUCAUCAUACGCGAAAUUUAAAAUUGCACUUUAGUAAGCUAACCCGGCCGUAUUGGCAUGUGUUGCAAUGUUAAGAUUUCAUCAUUGAUAUAUAAACUAUCAGACUGCAUGGUCGGUAGUAGUGGGUUUCAGUAGGCCUUUAAAUGUCACUGUUUUUUUGUUUUGGACAAAGUAGGAUUUUGUUUUUGGUCAUUUUCAAACGAUCAACGCCGGUGCCAUUCUUAGAAAAUUCUAUUUAAAAUUCUAUGUGGAUUUUGCAUUUUUAAAUUAAGAGAAUGUUCACAACCGUAGUCACGUAACAAAACAAACAAAAAAAAGCUUUAAAAGUAAUGUUUGAAACUAACUACAAACUUUUUAACUCCAGUUACUUGGAGCCACUGUCUGAAAUAGCUCUUUUUGUAGUUGCAAAUGAAAGGAAAUAUGCAUUUGAUAACAUUCAAGUGGAGAUCAAUGCAAUGCAAAAUAUCUGCUCUGCUUGGGGAUGCAUAUAUACGCAAAGGAGAUCUUUGAAAAUGUAUUAAAAAUAAAAAUAAAUACUCA